GCAUUUACCGCUGAUGCAUCACAAAAACUGUGAGCCGGUUACUAGAAACAGGGAAAUGAAAAGCAGAGUGAAACUCAAAUAGAGGAAAUUACAGCCGCUUUCUCAGCUUUGACCGGUUCAUAUACAGUACUCUCAUUCACAGGUUUUUGAUCAUGGAGAAAGAAUCCAAUCCAGCUCCAUAUCCUGGUCCUCAGGCACAACAACCAGCCAUGAACUACCCUGGACAGCCGGCAGCCUACCCAGCUCAAGCAGGUCCGUCGGCUUCGCAUUACCCUCCACCACCUGCAUAUACUUUUACCGCCGCGCCCAACACGGUCCAGCCCACCGUCAUCCCUGUAGUUACGCAGGUGGUAAUGAGGCCUGAUCUCACCGAUGUACCGGGUCACAUUACCUGUCCGCAUUGCCUGCAAGGUGUGGUCACAGAUACUGAACACCUGAGUGGUUUGCUCACCUGGUUAAUCUGCGGAACUCUUGCUGUUUUUGUGUGCUGGCCAUGUUGUUGCAUUCCUUUCUGUGUGGAUGGAUGUAAGGAUGUGCAACAUAGCUGUCCAAACUGCAAGAGAGUCAUUCACAUUUACAAACGCAUGUAGCAUUCCCUGCACGAGAGAACAAGACUUUAGGGGAUGCCAAACAUGGAGUUUCCAAGACAUCCCACCUUAUAGCAAUGCAAAGAAUGUCAAUAUCUUUAUUGUAUAUACUAUAGCUGAUUAACGUCUUAAUGUGAACUUUCUCCAAUCCCAGCUUAAAAAUGCAAAGACAGCUCUGAGUAAGUCAUUCGUAGAUUCAUUUUCUCACAAACUGCAGACAUUGUGUCUAUGUGGCGCUAUAAACAUUCAUUGUUUGUUUGGAGUAUCCCAUCCGACCAGACGCAACAACACUGACUCAACCAAUAGCGUGCGUUUGGGACAGGACUGUUCGUUUGACCAAUGGGAGAUGAAGGGUGUGUUCAGAACGCUUUCCUGAAAUCAAUGUUUAUUUUUGCAAUCCUGCUCAGACACUUCAGCUUCAUUGUUAAUUAUAUUGAAAUAUCUCUUUCAUUUUUUAUACUUCAUAUGGCAGUUUAUGUCAUUAAAAUUGUCCAGUCAUGUAGAAUUGAAGCAUGAUUGAAAUAGCUGGACAUCUUCAAACAUGUGUAGAUCUGGGAAAUUGUUUAAUUGAUAUUUGUUACAAUCUAUAUGUGAAUAAAAUAGAUUUUGUUUUA